CCCAUACCGGUAUUCGGUACGGAUACACAAAACCAGGUUGCGGCACGCAAUGCGAUGACCCCGUAGCCCAACAUCCACAUGAACGCGAUAUGAUUAAUGGCACCGCCGCAAUUACACCCCACGCUCUCUACCGCAUGCGCAAUCGAUACCCUACCGACCGAUAGAUCGACCGCCGUCCUACCGAUCGACCACAUCCCUAAUUGAACCCAACGACAGCUGGCCACCUCAGCCUCAGCUGCCCCUCCAGUUAGACCCAUCGCCCGCCAUGGAUGCGCUCGUACCCAAGCUCGCAGAGCUCCUCCGUCAUCCCGACGACCUCGACAAGAUCGCCGGCUUGAAGCAUGAGUUUUCCCGCAAGAAGACCGCCGUCGAUUCCCAGCUUCGCAGCGGCCUGCGCGAGCAGCUCGAGACUACCCAGUCAGGCAUGACGGGUCUGACGGACGGUCAGAAGACGGUCCAGCUGAUCAAGGAGGAGAUGAUCAAGAUCGACCGCCUGUGCUCCGAGUCGCAAAACAUGAUCAAGGACUUCAACAGCAUCAACCUCGUCUCCCAGGCCCACCGCAACUUCGGCGCCGUCGAGGCCAUGCGCAAGAACCUCGAGACCUUCAACGAGCGUCUGGCCAUCGUCGAGCGGAUGCUGGCCGAGGACGAGGAGGACAAGGAGAACAUGCCCAACCUGCUGCCCAUACAUUACGAGCUGACGCAGCUGAGAAACAUCCGGGACGACGCGAUGGAGCAAAUCCAGAGGGCCGAGGACCCGAGUCUGGAGUCGACGCUUGAGGACUACUUCCAGAGGCUGGACACCAUGAUCGACUGGUUCGACGAGCACAUUGGCAUUCUUGCGUUGAACCUGAUAAGCUUAGUGGUCAACGACAACAACGGCCUAGUGGUACGCUUCGCCGUCGUUAUCGAGGCCGAGGAGAAGAGUGACCAGAGGGUGCUGGCGCUGCAGGAGGCACUCAAGGACCAUAAGGAGAUGGCGACGCGGUUCCAGAGCAUCACGGACGGCGCCAAGAAGGUGCGUGGCUACAAGGACAAGUUCACGCAGGCCAUCAAGAUCAGCGUCGAGGGCCAGUUCGCCGAGGCCAGGGGAGAGUUCCUGGACGAUCCCUCGGCAUUAGAUAAGAUCCUAAAAUGGUACUUCAACGACCUGAAUGCGGUCAAGAUGGGCAUGACGCCCCUAAUGCCCAAGAAAUGGAAGGUCCUCAAGACUUACGGCGACAUCUAUCACCAGACGAUGCACGACUUCCUCGUCGGCAUGAUCGACGACCCGGACUCUGCCUCGGCCAACACGUUGGAGAUCAUCAACUGGCCGGAGAAGUACUACAAGAAGAUGAAGAAGUUGGGCUUCAAGCAGGAGGACCUCACGCCCCACGUCAUCGAUUCGAGAGAGACGGAACUGGUCCGCGACUUCCGGCAGCUCAUCAUCAAAUUCCUCGACGAAUGGAUCGAGCGCAUCUUCAACGCCGAGCAAAAGGACUUUGCGGAGCGCAAUGUCGAAGGCUCCAACCUGGACCAGGAUGAGUACGGAUACUUCAGAUCCAGGAACCUUGUCGACAUGUGGCGGAUGAUGCGCGAGCAGAUCGACGCCGCGGCCAACUCGAAGCGCGUUGACGUGAUUGAGGGCGUCAUCGACGCCAUGUUCCUGAGACUGCGAGGUAGGCAGCAGUCGUGGCAGAGGAUGCUCGACGAAGAGGCCACGAGGUUCGAGACCAGCAAGAUCCUGGAGCUCGAGGGGUUCCAGCCACUGCAGGACUGGCUCGUGGCCACGGCAAAUGACCAGAUUGCGUGCGUCGACGACAACGAGGAGGAGAACAGGUUCGGGUACCUGUCCAACUUCAAGCAAAAGUUCGAGCCGCUCGUCUCGCCAGCGUACAUGGAGCGGGCCGAGGGCGAGGUGGAGCUGCUGCGCGACGCUUACAUCGAUUUCAGCACGUGGUGUAUUACCAAGUUCGUGCAGCUCAUCUUCUCGGUCGAUUUCAAGCUGGUCAUGCCCGAGUUCUUCACGCCCAAGUGGUACACGAGCACGGCCAUGAAGCAAAUGGUGGUGACGUUCGAGGAGUACGUCGGCGACUACCGGCAGGUGCUGCACCACUCGCUCGUCGACAUCUUCACCGAGAUCUUUGCCGACGAGCUGCUGAUCCGCUACCUCUCGUCCGUGCGCAACAAGGGCGCAAAGUUCCGCCGCUCCGACCCCGUUCAGGACAAGCUCUUCAACGACAUCUCGACGGCGUUCGAGUACUUUGGCGCCCUGCCGAACCCGGACGUCGGGAACACGGUCAAGCAAACUUGGCGCGUCACCGAGUACUUCCUGCAACUGCUCACCGUGGACAAGGACGCCACCCCCGACGCGUUCGAGGCCUUCAAGACGGCGUACUGGGACUUGCAGAUCAGCUGGGUCGAGGCGGUGCUGCGGUCGCGCGACGACUUUGAGAGGAGCAUGCUCAACGCCGUCAAGGCGAGAGCGGCAACGUUGGACAUUGUGCGGGGCCCCGAGACGAUCAUGGGCAAGGUCAAGUGAUGAAGUGAAAACGAAGGCCGAGAAAUUUCACACGGCUGCAGGCUUCGGCGUUCGCAGGGCCGCGCCACCGGGGCUAAGGGUUCAGAGCAUAACGGGGCGGGGUGGGCGGGAGGGGGGGUCGCUUCCAUGUCGGGGGCGAUGUGAAUCAUCCCGUAGAAGCAAACAUCAUGGCCCGAAGGGGAGAGGUUUACAGAGACGGCCCAGAUACCCAUCCAAGAAAGGGACCGCGGGCUAAUAUGCAGGGGACGAGGUGGGCAUCGCGGACGACGCGAGACGGGACACCGAGCCGCGGUAGCAGCGGGCGAGGUGCCUCGUGGUUCCAGUGUUCUCCUUCGCCGAGGGUGCGUUAGUCAAGCUAGGUAGGCAGGCUUCACUAGACAGAAUGCCGCGUCGCUCUCCACUGAGAAGGGCCCUGGCGGCGCGUGAGGCAAAAGAAGGGGGGAAAAGAAGAAGAAA